AAUUGCGUCGAGUUUCCCGCCACCCCACAUCCAUCCUUUUGUGCUUCUCGUGAUGUUGUUGCCAUGGAAACGGAGCAGUCAGACCUACUGCCCGAGCCCCCAUCCUGCGAGAGGAAAAAGGAAAAGGCUAUGGAAUCAAAAAAGUACAACCUGGUCUUUGGCCUACAAAAUUAGACUUUGAUUUAAAAGAACAUGGGGAAGGGGGAUACAAACGAAAAGUUGCCUUUAGGAUAGAGAAUUGAUGCAGAAAAAUGAUCUCGAGAUAGGUCUAUAUUGUAUUUAAUUUGUUGUAUUAACUACUGCUUUAUUGCAUGGCUCACGACGACUGGCUGUGUAUGCUUGUUUUCUUUUGCUUUAUCCUUGUUCGGUCAGCGGGUCGUUGUUUGUGGCAGAAUAUAAGUUGAAUUGAUUUAGAUAUGAAUUUGUAAUUUAAACAAAGAGAACACAGUGCCUUGGGCAGAGUAUGUCAAUGUUUUCCCUGUAAUCGCUCAAAUACAUUAACAAGUCCAUCAGUGCGGGACGCCUCUUGACAGCACCAGGUUGAGAAAGUGAAUGAUCGAGCAUGCGCAGUUGAGGUUCGUGCCAUAUUGGAACGAGGCAGAGGACAGGAGAAAGACGGGGGUAACGUUUUAAAUUUACUUGGAAGAACUAGGAAAAGGUGAGAUUCACUUGGAAGUGGUUUUAGCUACUGCUAAUACAGUCUCCUGGGUGGUGUUGGGAACACCGUGGGGGCAUCAUGAACCCAGAGACACAGGGAUCUGGCGGCUCUGAACUGGAGUCUGACUUCAACUGGGAUGAAUAUCUGGAGGAGAAUGGAGUAUUGGCGGUUCCACAUCACGCCUUCAAACAUGUGGACCGUAGCCUGCAGACAGGGCUGGCUCCAGGGAUGAGUUUGGAGGUGUGUGUGCGUUCGGAGCCUGAUCAACCCUACUGGGUGGCCACCAUCAUCACCACCUGUGGCCAACUGCUGCUGCUGCGGUACGAGGGUUACCACGACGACCGACGAGCAGACUUUUGGUGUGACAUUAUGAACUCUGACCUCCACCCUCUGGGCUGGAGCAGACAGCACAGGCAACCAAUGAGACCGCCUGAGGGUGUCCGUGAGAAACAUGCUGACUGGGAAGCUGUCCUAGAGGAGGCUCUGGCUCUGGGAGGGAGUGCACCAGCACACCUACUGGAGGGGGCCCAGACAGGGGGAGACCUGUUUCCCCUGGGGUGGUGUGUGGAGCUGCAGGACAGUGUAGACCCAGGGGUGGCCUGGGGGGCCCAGGUGGAGGACAACAUAGGGGGCCGGCUGUGUCUGCGCUACACUGGGACGGAGGGGCUCACUCAGUCACAGACCAGGCGCUGGGUAUUCUACCUGGACCCCCUCUUACACCCACCUGGCUGGGCUGAGGAAAACAGCUUCUCUCUCACCCCACCUGCUGUGCUUCGUGGUUUGCGCAGCGAGACAGAGUGGGAGGAGGUGAGAAAGAACAUUAGACAGCCUAAAGAAGAAGCCAUCAAUGAAGACUUCUUUAAGGACAGGCCAGUCCUCUCUCCUCACUGCUUCUCUGAGGGGAUGAAGUUAGAGGCAGUGGACCCCGCUGCCCCCUUCAACAUCAGCCCAGCUACUGUCACCAAGGUGCUGAGCGACCAGUACUUCAGGGUGCAGAUGGACAGCCUGCAGGGAGACAGUGAAGGGGCGGGGCCUGGCUUAUCCUUACUCUGUCACUAUGGGAGCACCGGAAUCUUCCCUGCCCAAUGGAGCCUUAAAAAUGGGGUACCCCUCAGUCCCCCUCCAGGUUACCAGGGCCAGAACUUUGACUGGGCGGAUUACCUGAAACAGUGUGGAGCGGAAGGAGCACCAGAGAGCUGUUUCCCCGUGGGGCAGAGUGAUCAUGACUUUGUUGAGUCCAUGAGGCUGGAGGCGGUGAAUCCUGUCUCUCCUGAGCAAGUUCACGUGGCAACUGUAACCAGGGUCAGAGGUCAGCACAUCUGGUUGCAUCUGGAAGGGUUGAAGCAGCCUCUCCCUGACAUCAUCACUCAUGUGGACUCCCUGGACAUCUUUCCAGUCAGUUGGUGUGAGAGUAAUGGCUAUCCCCUCCAACACCCCUACAAACCUAGAGCUCAGAGGAAGAGCCAUGUGACCGUGGUGCAACCAGAAAAGCAAUCUCCACUUAAAGCCAUGGCCCCUGAUGCAGCGAGGCAGCAGGAUCUGAACCAAUCGGAGAACGCAGCUCAGGGUAACGGGAAGUACAGCUGCCCAAAGAUCUAUUUCAACCACCGCUGUUUCUCUGGCCCCUACCUGAACAAGGGCCGUAUCGCUGAGCUGCCCCAGAGCAUUGGCCCUGGCAACUGUGUCCUGGUGCUGAAAGAGGUGUUGACUCUGCUGAUCAGCUCGGCCUACAAGCCCAGCCAGGUGCUGAGGGAGCUGCAGCAGGACCCAGAGCUCAGGGGGCACGGCCAGGGAGAGACUCUGAAGGCCAAGUACAAAGGGAAGAGUUACCGGGCCACUGUGGGGAUUGCCCGUACAGCUGACCAGGUGGCUGAGUUCUGCAGGAAGACGUGUGUGAGGCUGGAGUGCUGCCCCAACCUGAUCGCACCUCACAUGGUGCUGGAAGACUGCUCGGAGAACUGCUCCCUUCUCACCAAGACCAAAUACACUCAUUACUAUGGUAAGCAGAAGACCAAGCGAAUCAGCCUUCCCCUUGGUGGUUACACCAACCUGGAGAGCAGCACCAAGCAGGGGAGCAGGAGGAAGAAGAAAAAGCCCCUAUUUGUCCACAAGAAGAAACACCUGUCUACCUCUGUAGACAGCACCCCUGCUGGCUCCCCACUGGCUAGUGGAGAAGAGGAGGACCUGGAUGAGGACUACUCUCUGAGUGAAGAGGACUCAGGCUCAGAGCUGCAGGAUGACUAUGAGUUAUCAGAGAGGAAGUCCCAGCCCCCCUCUCCCUCCCCCUGUCCUACCCCUACAGAACCUCGCCCCCGGGACAGACCCCGUCGCCAGCGCAGGAAACCCGCCCGCUCACCCUCCUACUCAGACGAUGAGAACGGUCCCACCUUACCUAAGAGUGGGCGGGUGGAGGUGCAGGAGAAGCUGCAUCUGGACAGCAGUCCUCUGGGCUGGAGCAUCACUGAUGUGACCCGUUUCAUCAGAACUACUGACUGUGCCCCGCUGGCACGCAUAUUCAGGGACCAGGAGAUAGAUGGCCAGGCCCUGCUGUUGCUGAGCCUGCCCACAGUACAGGAGUGUAUGGGGCUGAAGCUGGGCCCUGCCAUCAAACUGUGCCACCUUAUAGAGAGGGUUAAACUGACCUUUUACCAGCACUUUGCCAGCUGAGGAGUGUGUGUGUGUGCGCGUGUGGUUGGUCUCAAGUUCAUUACUAAGCCAUAUCACAUCCAGCGUUGUUGUAAUGUACAGUAUGUGCUGCUCCAGGAUGGACACAGCUUAUAGCUUCAGCUGUUCACCCUGGAAUGUGACUGGAUUCUGUAUCUUUCAGGGAUUUCAUGUUUACAGUGCCUUCAGAAAGUAUUCACACCCCUUGACUUAUUAUACAUUUUGUUGUUACAGGCUGACUACAUAACGGAUUAAAUUGAUUUAUUUUCUCACCCAUUUACACACAAUACCCCAUAAUUACUCAUUUACAUAAGUAUUUUCACCCCUUAGUCAAUGUUAGAAUCACCUUUGGCAGCGAUUACAGCUGUGAGUAUUUCUGGGUUUUCCACACCUGUAUUGUUCAAUAUUUGUAAAUAUUUUUUAAUUUUAUUCUUUGAGCUCUGUCAGGUUGGUUGUUGAUCAUUGCUAGAUAACCUAUGGCAAGACUUGAAAAUGGCUUUCAGGCUCAUUUAAGUCAAAAUUGUA